AUGCCUUUUUUCAGAAUCGCAGGGGGGCAAAUUCUGUCAACAGUGAAGAUGCAUUUGUUAAAAGGCCGAAGCAAUGGGGAUCCUUUCUGUCGAGCGGUAGAGGAAGUUGUAGAAGGCUGGGAUUUGAAGAUUAAAAAUAUUAUCGAAUCACAACAUGAUGUCUUGACUGCCAGCACCACUGGAGUUAGCCCAGCACGGCCAAAAUUACAUUCCAUAAACCAUGGCACUGUGUAUUGUGGCAGAGAUACUGUAAAGGUCUUACUAGUUCUUCUGGAUGAAGAAGCGGCCAAUCUUCCUACCCCAAAUAAAGCAGAACUAUUAUACAAUGAUGAAAAUUUAAGUCUGUUUGGAAUUACUUCUGUUUUGACGCUAUUCAGAUCUCCAGUACAAUCUAGGGGAUUAUCUCCAAAACCUCUUAGACAGCGUGUUCAGAAAUUGCUGGAUGAAAAAAAAAAUAAGAUGAAGCAACCGUCAAUCAAGUCCCAGUUUGCAUGUACAUAUAAAGAUGCAUCGAGUGAAAGGAAGGGUCAGCGCUUCCUCAAAAGUAGCAUAUACCUGGCACCAAAGCAACUUUUAAAAGAUGAAUCUCUCAUAGAGGGUAUGAAUUUGCGUCUUGACAUACCAGCGCUUGGAACUAUUUCUGAAAAUGUUCACCGGAAUAGAAGUGAAACAGAAAUGGGCAAAUUGAGUUGUCAGUCAAGAAGCAAAAACUCCAAGAAUGAGCAGAUGGAUUUGAAUACUGAUGGAGGAAGCUGUGAUAAGGAAAGUGAGCUCUCUUUGCCAAAAAAUGCUAAAAGACCUAAAGUUUCAAGCAAUCCACAAAAAUUUGACAACAAAGUUGGUGGGGCAGGAAAACGCAGCAAAACUGCAAUCAAGAAUAAAUUGAUUCCUGGUCAGGCAAAAUUAACUCAUUUUUUUCGACUAUAA